GAGGACAAAAGGCUCUGAGCCCGUGGAUGGGAAAGGGGCAGGCAGGGCUGACGUCAUCCACCCCCCCUUUGUCACUGGGAGGAUUAGCCUAAGGCUCAGGUUGUUUAGGAAACAGCUGAUGUAAGUGACCGGGCUGUGGAGGGGCACUGGGAAGUGGCGGGCGCGGGGUCCUGAGAGCCAUGCCUGUGCCAGCUGCUGGCCUGUCCCUCUAGUCCCCCUGUGCACCUGCCAGGAUCAUGAAGGAGGGGAAGGAGUCCAGAGACCAGCAACUCACGGUGGCCCUUCGGAUCCGGCCGAUCAGCAUGGUGGAGCUGGAGGAAGGAGCUACUCUCAUAGCUCAUAAAGUGGAUGAACAGGUGGUGGUGCUCAUGGACCCCAUGGAGGACCCUGAGGACAUCCUGCGAGCCAACCGCUCCCGCGAGAAAUCCUACGUCUUUGACAUGGCCUUUGACUUCACAGCAACUCAGGAGAUGGUCUAUCGCACCACCACCAAGGGCCUGAUCGAAGGCGUCAUCUCCGGGUACAACGCCACCGUCUUCGCCUACGGCCCCACCGGCUGUGGGAAGACGUACACCAUGCUGGGCACAGACCACGAGCCCGGCAUCUACGCACGCACCCUCCACGACCUGUUCAGAGCCAUUGAGGAGACCAGUGACGACAUGGAGUACGAGGUGUCCAUGUCCUAUCUUGAGAUCUACAACGAGAUGAUCCGGGACCUGCUCAACCCGUCGCUGGGCUUCCUGGAGCUGCGGGAGGACGCCAAGGGAGUGAUCCAGGUGGCGGGGAUCACAGAAGUCUCCACCAUCAAUGCCAAGGAGGUCAUGCAGCUCCUGCUGAAGGGGAACAAGCAGCGGAUGCAGGAGCCCACGGCUGCCAACCAGACGUCGUCGCGGUCCCACGCCGUGCUGCAGGUCACCGUCCGCCAAAAGAGCCGCAUCAGGAACAUCAUGCAGGAGGUGCGGGUGGGGCGGCUCUUCAUGAUCGACCUGGCUGGCUCUGAGAGGGCGUCUCAGACCCAGAACCGCGGGCAGAGGAUGAAGGAGGGAGCCCACAUCAACCGCUCGCUGCUGGCACUGGGGAACUGCAUCAACGCCCUGAGCGACAAGGGGGCCCACAAGUACGUCAACUACCGCGACAGCAAGCUCACCCGCCUCCUGAAGGACUCCCUCGGGGGCAACAGCCGCACGGUCAUGAUCGCGCACAUCAGCCCAGCCAGCAGCGCCUUCGAGGAGUCCCGCAGCACCCUCACCUACGCCGACCGCGCCAAGAGCAUCAAAACCACGGUGAAGCGGAACCUGCUCAACGUCUCGUACCACAUUGCCCAGUACACCAGAAUCAUCUCGGACCUGCGCAGCGAGAUCCAGCGCCUCAAGUGCAAGAUCAAUGGGCAGGGGCCACGCCCAGCCCAGGGUGAGCGAGGCGACAUCCGGCACAUCCAAGCCGAGGUGCAGCUCCACAGCUCCCUCUGCGACCGGCAGGAGAUGGACCAGCUGCGGGAACAGCUGAUCAGCGCCUUCCAGGAGCAGAUGGACGUGCAGCGCCAGCUGAUGGAGCUGGAGAACAGCUACAUGGAGAUCCAGAUCGAGAGCACCCGGCACCUGCUGACUAUUGCAGUCUGGGACCAGGAGAAGAGGCGUCGCACACAGAAGUGCAGGGAGGAGCUGAGGAAGGACAAGAGCGGGAAGGAUUUGGAUACCGGGGACGAGCAGCCAGACGCGCCGGAGCCACAGGACGUGAUCUUGGCCAGGGAGAACAUCGCAGCCCUCAUGGGGGAGCAGAAGAAGCUGCGCAAGCAAAAGGCGGAGCUGGAGAAGCAGUUCAAGGAGAUCCGCCAGCGGGGGCGGCGGCUGGAGGAGGUCCUGCCGCGGCGCAUCAGCUCGGAGGAGCAGCGCGAGGUGCUGAGCUUGCUCUGCAAGGUGCACGAGCUGGAGCUGGAGAACACGGAGAUGCAAUCCAGCGCCCUGCUCAAGGACAAUGUCAUCCGCCACAAGAGUUAUGUGGUGCGGCGCUUCGAGCAGCACCGCAGCCUCUGCGACCGCAUCAUCCAGCAGCAGAGGCAGAUCAUCCACGAAUAUCACCUCUCAGUCCCACACCACCUGGAGGAGCUGUAUGAGAUCUACCUGCGGGAGCUGGAGGAGGGCAGCCUGGAUCAGGUCGCCAGCCUGGACCGUGUGGCCGCCAAAGCCCUGAAGGACACAACUCUGCCCAAGAUCCCCCAGCUCCCGGCUGCAGAGAGCGCCCUGGACUCUGACCAGGAGAGCAUGAGGACGCUGGGCUCGGAGCACCAGCCGCUGCUGCAGCGCGACUCCCGCAGGCACGCCCUGCCGCCCCUUGUGCUGGAUGCAGAGAGUGACCUGGCCCAGGUGUUCAGGACCAGCCCCCGGAUGCGGCAGAUCAAGAGUUCGGCUGUGCUGACCCCGCCCCCGAUCCACGUGAACGGCAUGGUGACCCAAGAGUACCUGCACCGGGGGAGCCUGGCCAGCCUGGAGAGCCACCACAACUCCUCCCCGGACAGCAGCGAGAACUGCUCGGACGUCGCCCUGCGCAGAGAGCGCAGGGAGAUCCUGAGCAGUACCAAGAGCAUUGUGGUGAAGGCUGCCCGGCGCCGCUCCCGGGUGCUGGAGUCCGACCGGCUGCACCUGCUGGAGCCCAUGAAGGAGCGGAGCAGCCUGUCGCUGCACUCCCUGAGCGAGAGCGAAGACCCCCUCUCCCCGGAGACCCCCGCCUCCCAGCGCCUGCCCUGCCCCGGGCUGCAGCAUGCCGCCAGCGAGGACAACCUGUCCAGCAGCACCGGGGAGACGGCCUCGCGCCUCUGUCCCAGCCACUCCCCCGGACCCUGGCUCCGGGGGCACAAGCAGGGUGGCAAAAAGGGGAAGAGAGAGGAGUCGCUGGACGGCAAAAGGCGGAAGCAACGGUCAAGGUCCUUCGAGGUCACCGGCCAUGGGCUCCCAGGACUGAAGCCCAAUGUAACCCAGUGCCGGCUCCUCGAGAGCAACUCUGAGCACAGGAUGCCGGCGGGGGGGCAGCCAGCGCCGCACCCCCAAGCGCCUGGCAAAGCCAAAGGGAGGCUCCCACAGAGCCAGUAUGCAGGUCCAGGGGACCCGGCGUCUCUCCCACUUCCCCUCCCUCAUCCCAGUAGCUUGAAGAAAGGCCCCCAGCCCAGCCAGCGCCCCCGCCUGAGCUACAUCACGCUGAACGGCACCAGCGCUUACGCCAAGGAUGGCAGGAGCCAGCGCUAUUGACGGGCUGAGAGCAGACAGCCCCGGACUGCGAGGGCAGGGGCUAGGGAAGCCUGGGCCUGGCAGGACUGUCCUGGAGGCUUGGCGUGCCCAGCGCUGCCGGGACUAGGGGGGCGAGCAGGGUGCGGGGGGCUCCUCUGGGCAGAGCCGGUGCAGGGCAGGGAGCCUGCAGGAGGAAAGGGGUUUACCAACAUAGUUCUCAUGGACGGUUGAUUCUCUCCCUCCUCCUGGCUGCCCCGCAGCCCUGGCUGCUGGAGUCUAUCCCUUCCGCAGCCGUCCGGACACGUUCCCUCUACCCCUCUAUCCAGCCGUCUCCGCCCGGGAAGCACUCAGGCCGCCGCGUCCCCCUUGCCAAGGGUUGCAGGGAGCUCCCUCUGAAGAGUCGCUCAGCUGAUGGCCAGUCACCUGUUCCCAGCAAGUCGCUCUGUUCACAGCCCCACGCCCCAGCUGCCGUGCGGCAGGUGGGGGCAAUGGAGCGCUGGGCGUCCUGCUGACCCCGUGUGGAUGGACGCCAAGCACCCAUGCCGCUCAAGCCCCAUGGUUUGCUGCCCUGUGCCUUCCCUCCAGACUGCUGGCCUCGCCCACCUCUCCCACUGGCCUCCGGGCAUGGGCUGGGCUCAGGAUGCCACACUCCCUUCGCACCCCAGAGCUUCCUGUGACUGCUGCCACCCACAUACACCUGCCUGCUACCCCACCGUGCCAGCUGCACUGCGCCCAGGGCUCUGCCUCCACGGGUGCCCUGCACGGCCGGUCAGUGCUGCAGCUCCCUGAGUCUGCUGGGACUGAUGCCCUGCCUGCGCCGCCGGCCUUGGGUUUCCAGCCUCCCAUGUCACUCCCUUGCUCCCCAGGGGCUGCAGAUCCCAGUCCCUGGAGGGUCUCGCAGUGCUCAGCAUCAUCCCCUGCUGGCAGAAUAACAGCAGGACUGGCCUGCUGCAAAGGGAGUGGUGGUCUGCUGGAAAGCUGGUGGCCAUGAAUCCGGCUGGGGGCACCCCCAACCCUCCCUUACUGAAUGCACGGUGCGUGUGCACCGUCAGUGGGGAGUUCAGGGCCCUCCGGCUCUGCUCCUCCGGGGCCAGCUGUGGCUGAGGAUUGUCUGCGGGUGUCUUGGGGAGAGGGCAGGGGGUGCCCCCGAAGUGCCCUCCUGCCCUCCCAGCUCCUGGGGUGAGUGGAGGCAGGGAGGGGAGCUCCCGGGCGUGAUCAGCAGGCAGAAGGCGUGUGGACCCUGGUGCUGGCUUGGUUACGCUGUAAAUAAAUUGUGUUGCCAAACUCCACCUGGCCAGGGUCCAGUCCUGCCCUAACAUGGCCAACAGGACCUGCAGUGCUCAGGACCAGGCCCUUGCGGUGCAGCUAGGAUGGCACCAGAUUCCAGCCAGGCCUGGGAGCCCUGCAGCAACAGGGUCUGGGGGCAGGGGGGCUCACUGCUGGGCCCAGUCCAUGGGCUUGGCUCAUUGGCUGUGGGCUGCUGGGGCCGCCCUGGGCCCUGCGGGUAUUUCCCGGGACUCUGAGCCUGGGGUUUUUA